AGGCGCUGAGACGGCCGCGGCUGCUCGUCCUGGCCGGCGGGGCGGGGGUCUGGCGAUGGGGGCGGGAGGAACAACGGGCCGGUGAGCGCCGCGGCCGCAGUCCCCGCCGAGCUCGAGCGGGCAGCCGCUGCGCCGUAGCCACCGCCCGACCCCCUGAGGAGAGGACGUUGAGGCGGCCCUCCGCUAGCAGCCGCGGUGACAGCCCGGCGUCGGCGCGAUGAACCGCGGUGGCGGCAGCGCGUCGGCCUCGGCCAACUACCUGCUCUGCACCAACUGCCGGAAAGUGCUGCGGAAGGAUAAAAGAAUCAGAGUGUCUCAACCCCUAACAAGAGGACCAAGUGCCUUUAUUCCAGAGAAGGAAGUUGUCCAAGCAAACACGGUGGAUGAACGGACAAACUUUCUCGUGGAAGAGUACUCUACGUCUGGUCGCCUGGACAACAUCACACAGGUGAUGAGCUUGCACACUCAGUACCUGGAAUCUUUCCUGCGGAGCCAGUUCUACAUGCUGCGCAUGGAUGGCCCCCUUCCCCUUCCAGACAGGCACUACAUUGCCAUCAUGGCUGCAGCCAGACACCAGUGUUCCUACCUGAUAAACAUGCAUGUGGAUGAAUUUUUAAAGACUGGAGGGAUUGCUGAGUGGCUGAAUGGCUUAGAAUAUGUACCACAACGACUGAGAAAUCUUAAUGAAAUUAACAAGUUGCUGGCACACCGGCCCUGGCUGAUCACGAAAGAGCACAUUCAGAAACUUGUCAAAACUGGAGAAAACAAUUGGUCCCUGCCUGAGCUAGUGCACGCUGUGGUCCUCCUGGCUCACUAUCAUGCUCUGGCCAGCUUUGUUUUUGGUAGUGGCAUCAACCCAGAGAGAGAACCGGGAAUCUCCAACAAUUUCAGACUAAUCUCAGUGAACAGCUUCUGCGUGUGUGAUCUGGCUAAUGACAAUAGCAUCGAGAACGCAUCCCUGGCAGGCAACAACUUUGGGAUUGUCGACUCACUGGGUGAGCUAGAAGCCUUAAUGGAAAGGAUGAAAAGGCUUCAGGAAGACAGGGAAGAUGGAGAGACGACUCAGGAAGAAAUGACCACGCGUUUUGAGAAAGAAACGAAAGAAAGUGUCUUUGUGGUCCCUGGAGAGACUUUCCAUUCAUUUCCUCACUCAGAUUUCGAAGAUGACAUGAUCAUAACAGCUGAUGUUUCGCGAUACAUUGAAGACCCAGGUUUUGGGUAUGAGGACUUCGCCAGGCGAGGAGAAGAGCAUUUGCCAACAUUCCGAGCCCAGGACUACACCUGGGAAAAUCACGGCUUCUCGCUGGUGAACAGGCUUUACUCUGACAUUGGGCACCUCCUGGAUGAGAAGUUCCGAAUGGUCUACAAUCUCACCUACAACACAAUGGCCACUCAUGAGGAUGUGGACACAACCACGCUACGCAGAGCAUUGUUCAACUAUGUUCACUGUAUGUUUGGAAUCAGGUAUGAUGACUAUGAUUAUGGGGAAGUUAACCAGUUACUUGAACGGAGCCUGAAGGUUUACAUCAAGACGGUGACCUGCUACCCUGAGAGAACCACAAAGCGCAUGUAUGACAGCUACUGGCGGCAGUUCACACACUCAGAGAAGGUCCAUGUGAAUCUACUGCUGAUGGAAGCCCGGAUGCAAGCUGAGCUGCUUUACGCUCUGCGUGCCAUAACUCGGCACCUGACCUGAAGCCCCACCGGGAAGGCGUCAGCAUGUGUCAGGGCCUCUCACACAGGACUCGUAUCAGAACUUUUUGUGACGCAGCCUCAGCAGUUAUUCAGUUUCCUACUAUCAAAGUUUAGCUGUCGAGGUUUAUUGUUUCUGUUUUUGUUUUGUUAUUGUUGUUAGGGUUUGAUUUUGGGGGGGAGUUGUUUGUUUUGUUUGUUUGUUUUUAUUUUUUUCUGGCUGUAAUGUGCAAUGGUGUGUUUUAUAUUUCUCUAUGCUUAACAUUGCUAACAGUUGCAAAAGUAACCUGACGAGCACUACUUCACAUUGCUUAGAGCUGGAUUUGGGAUCUGACAUAAAUCAUGACCUGGUUUGUUACGGCUUCCCUCAGUGCUCUGGAGUUCGUGUGUAUGUGUAUCACUUGUCUACUUAAAGAGCAGAAGGAAAAGUGCUUGCAGUCUGCUAUCAACAUCUUCUACCGGAAACUGCCCGCGUGUGUCCUCAGUCUGGGAAGGCUUGUGCUAUUGAUCCAAGCUGCUCCUGGAACACAACUUGUGCCCCAGGAGAUGAUCAGGCACUGUUCUGUUUUGGUUUAUCUGAUUUUUUUUUCUUACACUGCUAUUGACAAUAACGUGAAAUGUGAUACAGACAUUGUCCAUAAUUUAAUGUGAAAUUAAUUAUGAUGAAUUCUAUAGCAUGCUACUGAAAUGCCAAAUUCAGCUACUUUCUUUGUCUUCUACAGCAGAGGCCUCAUUUUCCCACAUGGCUGUCUGUGUGGCAGUGGACUUAGGCACAGUUCCUUGAGUCCGGCACCGUGGUCCUCUGUCACCUCUAGUAGCCUGCAGUGCUGCUCACAGCUCGCACACAAAUCCCAGCACACAACACUGACCAAAUGUUUCUUUGCACAUGCUCCUUUGCUGAGAGUUAAGGAAGGUUAGUUAAUACACCCCUAUUUUUCCCUGCUACAGCUUUGGAAACUAUUUUACAUGAUUUUCGUCUUAUAAUACGUUAAGUAAUUUGUUAUUCAAAGGAAAAAAUGUGUUUCUGUGCUUUAAUGUGAUUGAGCAACAACAAAACAGUGCAAUGUUUUUAAGAAAUGAACUCAGCUUCCCCUAUCAUGUCACUACAGAAGUGUCCUUUAAACAGAGCCAUAAAGAAACGACCUUCAGAUGUCUUCAUUGUGCCAGGUGUUCCCAGUUUCACCUUGCUGAGGUUGAACUGUGAGUUCACUGAGCCAAAGCAUUCGUUCAUUCCCCCAGAAAAAUGUGUUUGGACAACUGGCUACACACACACACACACACACACACACACACACACACACACACACUGUCAUAGGGGAGAAAAAAGGCAGCCAAAAAGUCACAUUUUUGCAUCAGUUUGUGUUGUUUGAUUAGACUGUCUUCAGAGAGCACAGCCCUGUGUGUUUCUAGCUUUAAUUUGUAUUGUGUUCCUGACCAGUGAAGUGCCUAGAGAGCUGCUAUAGCACCAGAGGACACAACUGCACGGUUAGCGCCUUCGCUUGGUGAAAGGUGACGUGCAUUUUACACAUACAUGCCAACAUAAAACAUAGUUGUCUCUAGUGAGUCAUCCAUGAACUCCCACAGAGCGCUCACUAAGGCUUUCCCUGUUGUGUGGGUGUACUUUUCCUCUUAUGACAGAACUGUGGGCCGACGUUCCGUAGGCUAUCCUCUGCCUGCUGUCCUUUUCUGGGAUGUUAGCUCCUUUACUUAGCGUUCUGUCCUGGGGAGGAGAGCAAUGAUGGCUGUAGACCUGUAGCAUGGGUAGUUCUUCAUUUUUAGACUCCAGGAUCUUGCUUAACAUCCUCCAUGUGAGGAAAAAGUCACUUAAGAUUUGAAGACAGGGUGGUUCCUUUAGAGAUUACUCAGAGAGCUUGUGCCAGGGUUCUGUAUUGUGUUUGUUGUGUGGACUGUGUUCAUUCCUUCUUUAGAUGUGUAUGAACCACGAGAACAGGACAUAGAGGAAUGGCAAACACAGGCAGUGGCAUCAAUGCCCAUGAGCUCUCCCAGCUUCAAGGCUUUCACAUUUAGGAUAGAGUUUAUGAUUGCGUUUUUUCGCAUGUUAGAAAACAGUUUCACUUCAUAGCCUCAUUCUUUUGUUCAGAUGAACUGAAUGACAGGAUGAGAAUAUUUUUCCCGUAUUGACUAAGAGGAGGAAUUCUCACAGAACCCUGAAUAAGCUUUAGACCAAAAGGGAAGAAUAGGAUUAAGUAAAGUGGCCACUUACUUUUUGCUUUUGGUUUUGUGUUGCCCCAGAAAUGUAAGUAGAGAUUGGACUGUGGAAAUAUUAGUGCCUUUAAUAGAUUUCUUGUCUAGUAAAACUUCCUUUUAGUUCAACAGACCAAUCAAUAAUCAGAAAAAUAAGUUGACUUGGAACCGUGAAUAAAAACACAGCAAUGUAUUUAUGAGCGUCAGUGAACCAGCCUCAAAAAGUUGGUUUGUGAAGGUGGCCCCACCUCCACGCUACAGCAUGCACCCCACAUUCCUGGUGAAGAUGCUGCAGUGAGAGUGGGCUGUCAACCGCUUUAUCUAGCGCAAACUUGAAAUUCCGAUGCGGUUUUCCAGGGUGGCAUUUUUUUCAGAGUAUUGAAUUUACAAUGUAGUAAUUUAUAGUAUGGCUUUUUAUACUGAAAUGUGAUAUUUUUCAAAGGAGCUAUCUGACUCAAUUGGUGUAAUAACAGAGCCUGUGAUAAGCUGAGCUGCACCCGGGGCUCACAUUGUGCCAAACAUAAGCGUGCGAGUGUGUGUGGAGAUCACGUCUGGUUGUGUAUUAAAAUCAGCCUGACAACCAUGACGGGCAUGCUGGAAUAAUGCCGUUCAGUUCGGAAUCUCACAUUUGCCAGCAGCUGCUAAUUUUCGGUUCCUCAGACCACUGUCAGAAACAUCAAGGAAGUCAGGCUUGGUGGCACAGACCUGUAAUCCCAGUACAUGGAAGAUGUACAAGGGGGUGGUGGUUUGGGGGUCAGCCUGGGCUAUAUUGUGACACCUUGUCUCAAAAAUUAAAAAGAAGAUAGAAAUAUGUGCAUACCUUCACACAUGAAAGUGGGCCUGUGGGGAUGGCCCGAGUGCCCUGGGGCUGCCUCUCACGAGGCUUCGUCGGGCAGAUUCCUGCUACUCUGAUGAAAAUGGCUUUUGGAGAUGGACUACUUUUUAAAACAAGUCCCUUGUCUCAGUCCAGUGAGUUGUUGUCCCCACCCCCGCCUUAGGGUGCUCUGCAAAUCAGGGGUAGCUAAAAUGGAAUCCAGGGUGUAGCCUUGGGCUUUUGGACCAGUUUUAAACCCAAUAUAGCACAGCUGUACAGGGCUAUUUUUUAAAGAGAAAACUCAAGAUUUAUAUAAAGGUCAUAUAAAAUUUGAACCAGAGCCCUAUUUUGUUUGUGUUGUAUCUAUUAAAAAUUUACAUAAUUCUAAGAUCUAACAGAUAUCAUCCAGGGAAUUACUUUCUCUCCCACCUCAGAAAGCUUUGCUAACCCAAAAUCAUAGAAUUUUAUGCCUCACCAAAGUGAAUUUACCAGCAAACAGUUAUAGAUUACUUCUUAAAAUAGUCAACACUUCCGGUGGCAAGUAUGUGCCUGUAUGAUGGCAAGGCUCCUUUAAACUGUAAGACAAGGACAAAGAACAAAUGCAGUGGACCGUACAAAUGGUAUACAAAGGAGGUUUUUACCUUGUGUUGUCUCAUUCUCUGUGAAACAGACCGUUUUGCAUGGGAUAAAAGGCAUGCAAGAUGAUUCACAUAUGCAGUGCAUACACUUUCUUAGUGGUACCUCACCAGCAAGCAGAAAGGUCUGAAGGGGGUGCGGUUGGAACCAGUUCAAGGUGGCCAUCACCCUGCACUGGUCCCGACUGUCCCUGUGCCUCUGGAGACCCAGAUGCAGACUCAGUCUUUCCCCAAAGCAGGCCGUAAUGUAAGUGUAUCCUGUCGGUCUACAGUGUGAACCCCACACAUCUGCAUCUUAUGUCACUGCUAAUUUGGCCACCAACAGCACCUGCUUAGGGAAGGCCAAGACCGGAAAAGGCUGGUAUGAAGUGGGUCUAGAGUGGAAGUGUGCACCAAGGCUGAGCCCUGUGAGGAAGAAAACAUUUUACAGGUACAGUUGGAACACAGAGCUGAGAUUCUGGCUGUCCUUGGCACAGGCACCUGCUAUAUAGGUAAAAACUCUCACCAGCCUCCAUCCACCCUUUCCUGCUUUUCUCUUCCUCCAAGUGCCUCAUCCACCAUCCCCAAACCUGUCUGGGUCUUAAUGCCUUUCCCAGUCGAACAUCACCAGCCACCUGCUGAGCGUCACCACUACGUCUUUCUGAGUAUGUCUUCCCCCAUCAUGAAGAAUAUGGCUUUUCCCCAACCCCCUUCCACCCUCUCCACCACCCAUCUAUAUUUCUGCCUUGGACACCUUGGCAGAUAUAUACAGCAUCCAGUGUGUUCUGUCUACCCACUGCUGUUCAUACCCUCUUCCCAGCUGCCAAGAUACCUUGCUCUCCUCUACCUCAGCCCCAAAGAGCCUAUAAAUUCAGAGCACCCAGCCUUCUCAUGGGUUCAUUCUCUGUUGUUCAAUAAUACUACUCCAUAUUUUAAAUAAAUCACAAAACGUUUGCCUUCUAACAAAGUAGGAACCUUUAUAUUUAUACAUGAUAAAGAAAUUAAUCUAUUUCUACCAUGCAGAAUUUAACAUUUAGCAAGAAUUCAAAGUGAUUGAAUUACUAGCCUAACUUGGUCUGUAUUAGAGGGUGAAUACUGGUAAUAGUCCCCGUUGCUUAAAUGCAGAGUUAAAAUUCUCCAACAGUCCAGAGUAACCUGUAAGUCUUCAAUGGGACAGGAACUCCCUGGCAGACAAAUUUGGAUCAUAUUAGUCUAUUUGCUGUGUAAUGUAGAUUAAAAAACAAAAAACAAAUCCCACAAAACUGAGUACAUGAGCAUUUCACUCAAUUAACUAAGCUUCUAACCCCAUUCUUCUUCCCUGGGUGAGAGAAGAAGGAAGCGUGUUGGCUUGAGGCUUGUUCCUGCCGCUGUUCUUUGUGUGAGUCCAGAUAGCAUCAUUAAGGAGCAAAGGUGGUAGUGCUGCUGGCUUCCCCCACAGCCAGGCUCCUAAGAGGAGACACAUGUUCACACAUAGACGACUGUCCGACCCAAAGGUGAACUACCCUGUUUGGGGUGUAGAUCAGAUCUCUGAUAAUCUUCAGGUGUUCCCAUCCCAGGCGUGAGCACCCACAUGCAAUGCCCGAUUAAUGUGUUUAAGGACCCAAGAGUAAAGGAGGUUCUUAGCUAGGCAAUGACCUGGUGACUUCAAAUGACAUGUCAAGAUGUGUUCAUUUAGCUUUAACUAAAUUAGGACUGCAUUGCCAUUAGUACAGAACUGGAAGGGUAAGGGAGCGUCUGCUUCUGAAUGCAUGUGGAAACCGUUGAGGUGAUCCAGCCUGUGCCACCCUGCUUUAUAGUUCACAGGCCCCCAAACAUUAAAAAUUGAAAUAUCAUAAAUAUAAUUUUGGUAUGUAAAAUUUUGUUAAAGCUGUGUAUUUCUUACUCCAAGUAACCUCUUAAAAUGAAUGUAUCGUUUCUAUGGAAAGAAUGUUAGAGAGAGUCUGUGGUCUUUAGUGUUAAAAUGUUGCUCAUGGGUAUCGCUGAGUUAAAUGUACACAUUAUAUCCAGAAGAAACCUGAGAUCUUUACAAACUUUAACUGGGCUCUCUCUGAUAGAAGAACAAAAGGUAGGAUGAAGGAAAUGUAUCAGAUGAGUGGCCAAAGAUUUGUCUUUUCAAAGCAGAGGCAUCUCUUUCCUGAAUCUCCCUGUUUUCCCAAAACAGAAGUCAAGUUAAAUGGCAUCCUGUCCACCAAGGAAAGUGAUCCCUAUGUCACAGCCAGUGCAGACAUUGCUUUUAUAUUGGACAUCUCUGCAGAGAGAGAAAUUAGCAUUUAUUUUCUUCCUCUAUCUCCUCACAUUUACUCUUUCAACCCAAAACAAGAUGGAUGGGAAAACAAGUGCCAGGCCACUUGGCAUCUCCUUACUCAUUGACUAGGGACACAGAGUCUUGGCAAGGAAAACCCGAACCCAGUCGGGCCACCCUGGAAACAUGGCCUCGCCACUUGGCUUACCUCCUUCAAACCUGAAAGAAGUGUUCCUCUCGUGGAAGAACUGGAUGUAGCUUUUAACUAUGAAAUAGGAGUUGAACUUGAAAAUUCUUCUGAGUCCUGAUAGUGCAGGCCAGCUGCAUAAUGAAUGUAUACAUGAAGACUGUGGCUGAAUGCAUGAGUCAGAUGCCAAGUUCAUGACUUUCCACGUAGACAUCUUCUCCUUAAGGUGUGAGUGAUGUAUGUAGCAUGCUAUGAAGCACCUGUUCUAGUUCAUAAUUCAUCAGUAUUAAUACAGAGUUACCCUUGCGUCCCUUGGUACUUUAUAUUCGAUGUAAUCAGAAGCUGUGAUGUUUCACCUUCGUAGUCCUGUGCUUUGUUGCUGUAAUUUUCCUUAUGAAGCACUUGACUUUGGACUCAUGUAAGGUGGAUAAACAUGAUCUUGAAGACUGCUACACACACACAUACACACACACAUCAGUCUCUUACUCUAUAUGGUUUUAAGUUAGGAUAAGCUCUCCAAUUUUUUAUUGCUGCAGUUUGCAGUUUAGGGUCUACAAGUUCACUGUCAAGUGGCAGCAUCCUCUUUAUAAUUUCAGCUCUGAAAAUAGCAAGCUUUCUCAACGGCCACUUCACCCUUUUUCCUGCAGAGCAGACCCUGCGUGGAUGCAGACGAUGGUGGUUGCCGAUAAUGCCCUCCACAUGCAUAGACAGUUCUGGCGGUGACAGAACCCAGGAGAGCUUCUAUGUAUAAGUAGGCUUGAUGUUUGUUCUUAUGUUGCUGACUUGACAGUUCUGACUAGAGCUGACCCAAACGGGCCAGCUUGUGUGUGAUACCCUUGUGCUUUAACGCUUCUCUUCUCGUUCUGCUGUUGUUGGUUUUGUUUUUUGAGGGAUGGGUAAUAUUAUUUGAACAGAUAAAGAAGGAACAGUUAGUGAAUCAAGACAAACACAUCUGAAAUAAAGGAACUGUGUAUUAACCUGUUAACAAUUCAUAACUGCACUUUUUAUGACAUUUUGAAAAUCUAUUUAUAGGUACAGAACAAUGGGUUUUGUUAAACUGUAUCACGUUUAUACCUGCAGAAUUUAUUUCAUUGUUAUUAGUAGGAAUUUUAUUGGUUCAAUAAAAUUGGCAAAACUGA